AUGGGUUGGCGUGAUGAGAUUCAGGUUGUUGCUGGAGUUCUCAAUUGGAGAUUCGCCGGAAGCGAGGUUGACAAGAUCUCUUGGGGUGAGACCCUCGAGAAUCGUCCAAGGCAGCAGAGAUCAUCUUGUUUGAAAGUGAAUAAGGAUAUCAAGUACAGUGGAGAUGGGGGCAUGUACGCUGAAUUGAUUUGCAACAGGGUAUUCCAAGGGGGUUCACCUGUGAGUCCGUUCACGGCAGCAGUUGGACUAGCAACUUUUUCUUUUGAAAAGCUUGUCUCAGCCACUUUCUUCCCCUCUGCCAAAGUCGAUGGACGUAACUGGUGGCUCAAGGACGGUGCGACGACUUCCAACAAUACGUUGAGCAUCACUUAUGAUGCUUUACCUUUCCCCACCAAGAGUCGAGAAAAUGGAGUGCGUGAGGAUCUUAUGGAAAGCCUUAACAGACUUGAAGCCGUUUUGACUUGGAACAUUGGGAUCUUUUCUUCGCUUCCCUGUGGAAACAUUAUCGAGGGAACAAUGUUCCUGACUCCAGAAAAUGGAGCAACACUAUUAGACCACUCGCCAACAGACCAGGGAGAUCUGGUACUUGGAACUACCAAAUCGCAGAUGGUAUUGGACUUGUGGAGAUCAUUCAUUGGUGUGAAGACCUUAACAUGGAUAUGUGGCCUCUACCUCUCAAAGGCCGUUGUCGGUCAAUCUGCACUUCAGCCUUAUGUUGAUGAGUUUAUUGACGAGCUUGAAUUUCUGAUGGGUUUAACGAGUACAAAUAAUGGAGCUCUCCGGACUUCUCUUGGCUACCCGAAUCCUUGGAAAAUCAACUAUGUUGGAAUUGGCAAUAAGGACAAGUUGAAUAAUGGCCAGGCGUCGUAUAGUUUGUAUCGAUUCUCCGCUUUCUACAAUGCAGUCAAAGCCAAGUAUUCGGAUAUGACAAUUAUUGCGAGUUAUGCCGGCAUGUCCUUGCCUAGCACAACCGGACAGGAUUACCAUGUGUAUAAUCAUCCUAAUCUUCUAGCAAACCAGUUUGACUACUUCGACCACUCCUCGAGAAGCCAUAAAAGUUUGAUAGAAUUGCUGUCGCUAGGGGAGUAUGAAAAUAUCGAGCAAGACGCCAAGGGGGACCCAGGGUUUACAGCAGACCCCGCCCAAACAGCUCGCAGCACUAACCACAGCGUGGUCAGUCUUCUAUCCAGCUCUCGAAUAACCAACACACUUCCCGUCACCGGCGACGGUUUCAGGCGUCGAUAUUGGGUGGCCGGCUUCAAGUCCAAAGCCGGCCCAUAUGUUCUCAAGACUGCGGUCUACAAUGGUAGCGGUACACUGUCGAUGAUAGUCAUUUUUGCAGCAGCGAGCGAGGGAGCAACCGCUGUGCUCACGAUUCUGACUGCACCAUCUGGGACAAGUAAUAAUGUUAUUGGGACCAACAUUUUGAAGACAACCACACAGACUUUGGUUGCUGGGGCUGGUGCAACUUUCACCUUUUCCUUGCCAAACUUGAGUGUUUCUGUUCUCGAAGUCAAAAGCUCUGCGGACCGCUGA